UGCUGGUCCCGUGCUGGUCCAGUGCCAGCAAAAUGGGGCUGGGUGAGCCCGGUGAAGGGGUCACAACCGUGUACCUCUGGAGCAGCUCCUCCAGGCAGGAGGUGACCUGGUGUGCCAUGUGAACCUAGCUGAACUGCCCACCUCAGGAGGGAGAGGAGCUGGGGCCACACUGGGCAAUGCCCAGAUCUCAGAUCCCCCACACUCCAGCUGGGUUUGGGGCAUGGGAUUAUGUUGCCGUGUUUUUUGGGGCUGUUCGGAGGGCGGCUCCGCUCGGCUCAGCUUGGCUCGGUGCAGCCCAGCUCCAUGUAGCCGUGCCAGCACAGUGGCUCAGCAGGAAUGUGGAGCAGCAGGUUGUGCCCGGCCGGGCUGUCCGUGCUGGGGAGGCGACCCCACGCCGGGCACUGGCGGCUGUGCUGUGGCUCCCGUGUCCUUGUCCCUGCACUUGGACAGCCAUCUCCUCUGUGGCUUGGCUGAGCGUCUGGUACAAAGCUGAGCUUCAGCGCCUGUCAUGGGGACAUUUUCCCGCUUUGCCUUGCCUGGGGGACACUUUUGCACCCCAGUGCUGAACCGGGGAUCUCUCUCUGUGCUGGGCACAGGUACAAGGGCACUGACGCUGGCCAUUGGCACAGGGGCUAGGCAGCACUGGACCCGAGGGGUCGGGCAGAGGGUGCAGAAUGCUGCCCCAGGGAGGAGGCAGGAGGAUCUCUGCCGGUGCUGGGACCGCUCCCAGCUGUCGCCACGCCUGGCCGCCCCCCUGCAGACAUUUUCCAGGUCAGGAGGCAGCAUGUCCCCCCAGGCAGGGAACAAGGACGGGGAGAGGGGCAGCCAGCCUCCCCCACGGCCACUCGUCUGUCACAGCGUGUCAGGGGGAUGCACCGUGUGGUAUGCAGGGAUCCUGCUGGGCUCCAGACUCUGGGGAAUCUGGCACCCGUGGGCUGGUAGGGGGUGCAGACAUGGCUGAGCUCCAGCUCGGCGGGGCUUUGGGUGCCAGGACUGCCUCCUGCCGCCGGCGGUCAGUGCUGGGACAGGCGCUGGGCUGCUCCCAGGAAGUUUGUACACGCAGGUGAGCAGCUGGCGGUGGCAGCUGCCUGCUGGGGGCUGCCACGGGAGCGAGGGAGGCUAGAGCACACCGGGCCCCGCCCUACCCACCACUGCACCUGCCCUGAGCCCCUCGCUGCCCGUGGCGGCCGCCCAGCCGUGUCCCGGUGCCGGCACGGAGGAUGCCCGUCGAGGCGCUGCAAGCCGGUGACACCAUGAAGGGGGUGACGGUGACGGCGCCUUUCACCUCGGCUAUGCCAGUCCGCAUCCUCCGCAAAGGGCCCGCGUAUUUCCGCCGGCACGCCGAGCCGGGGGCCGGCAAGCCCAGCGCGGUGGAGAGGCUGGAGGCCGACAAGGCCAAGUACGUGAAGAGCCAGAAGGUCGCCAGCACCAGGCAGGAGCCGGUGAAGCCGCUGCUGCUCAAGCAGCCCCUCUUCACCCCCGGGGUGCGCCGGGCUGUGCUCACCCCCAGCCGCAGGGCUCCCCCGGGGCCACGCCGCGCCGAUGCUGCCAGCCCGAAGACCUCCCUUGACCUGGAGAUCCUCAACAGCCUCAUCAACCUGUGUGACAGCCCCUUCCCUAAGGCGGAGACCCCGCUGGGCAGGGACUGCAGGUGGCGGGCGGAAGCACCAGCGGUGGAGGGGGCUGUCAAGGCCCCGGAGAGCCCGGCCACCACCAAGCCCCCCGGCAGUGUGGCCGUGCGGAGGGUGGACGUCCGUCCCUGUGGAGCUCCGCGGAGCCCAGUGACACCGCUGCCAGCAACCCCCGUCGCGGGUGGGCUGCCUGUGACCCCGUCCCGCAGCUCACCCGCCCCCCCCCCCCCCCCCCCCCCCCCCCCCCCCCCCCCCCCCCCCCCCCCCCAGCCGCUGCUGCACCGCUCCAAGUCGGACCUGAGCGACCGACUCUCGAGGGCCACUGCCGACCUGGAGCGCUUCUUCAACUACUGCGGCCUGGACCCCGAGGAGAUGCAGGACAUGGGGGCUGAGCGCUUCGCCCGUGCCAGCUCCGACAUCGUGUCCCUCAAGUUCCACAGCGUGAGCACGGCCAGCUCGGAGGGCGGCCACUCGCCGCCCAGCGCUGCCACACCGGAGGGACGGCCGGCGGAGCGAGUGCCCUACGGCGUCUCCAUCAUCGAGCGCAACGCCCGUGUCAUCAAGUGGCUCUACGGGCUGCGCCAGGCCAGGGAGCCCCAGCAGGUCUCCGAUGUGUAGCAGUGCCAUGGCAGGCACUGGGGACAGAUGGCUCAUUAGCGGGCAGUGCUGGAUGGGGACAAAGCGCAGGGACCUCUUGGUGGUGACAGGACCCUUGAACUCAGCUCUGCUGUGCCACAGCAUCACUGGCCUGAUGUGGUGGCCAGGGAUCUAUUGUCAGACCCCUGUGGCAGCACUGGAGAGCCAGGUCCCUACAAGCCCCUGGGAAGGCAGAGGACAUGUGUCCCUGGGUGUGUGGCUGGUCCUCAACACCCACAGGGCCUCAUAUGUGGUUGUCCUGCCUGCACUGCUGGCAGCUCCUGCCUGUUCUUGGGGUGGGGUGCAAGGGUCUGGUUAUCCCCUGCAUGGAGCAGGAAUGCUGCACUGGUGAAGGAGCUGCCCCCUUGCAGCUUACAUGGGAGGGGUCCUGCCUGGGGUGGUGGCCACCACUGGUGGUCCCAUCCUAUUGCUGAAGAAAAGCCUGGUGCUUUGACGGGCGAGGGGGAAACCUGACCCCUUGCUUCAAGCUGCCCAGGGCUGUGUGUCUGUGUGUGUGUGUCUGUGGGUGCCUGUGUUCCCCUCCCCAGCUGUCAGUGGGCACGAAUCCCCCGCCAUGCUGGGUCUGGUAUUUAUGAAGACAACAAUUCCUAUUUUCUACUCUUUUCCUUAUGUUUGAUCUGUAAAUAAUAAUUAUUAUAAUGCAGCCAGUUUUAUUAAAUGCCUGUGUUUUGGAGGCUGUGUGUUGUCUCUUGGGGUGGUGGAGGUUGGGAUGGGACAGGGACUCUUGGGGUGCCUGUAGCUCUGCAGGGCUGUGGGUGCUGAGGGGAUGGGUGCUGGAAGGGAACCACGGGUUCCAUGCUGCAGUGUGCCAGCGCGGGCCCCGGCGGGCACGGCAGGGCGACGGUUGGGUCUGGCAGGUCCCGGCAGAGCCCCAGCUGUUGGGAUUCCCCUCUGUGCCACGCACCCUCCCCUGCCUUCUUCCCUCACUCGUGCAAAGCUUGGCCAGGUCCCAGUCUCCACGAACUGGGAGAUGGGGGCGGCAAUAGCAGAGACCUCCCAGGUGGGCUGGGAUGAAAGCUGGCACAGGGAGCGCUUUGAAGAUGAAAAGCGCCUGUGUGUUCUCCAGGGCAGCCUCUUGUGGCACUGCAGCCCUCCCUGCACCUCAGGUGCCACGUCUGCCCUGUGGUCCCUGUGCUCCUGGUGUGUCCCAUGCAGGCAGGAGUCUGCUGAGGAAGGUGACAUCAAAGCCACCAGCAAGCACCUGCACCCAGGGACUCUACCUGGACC